GAUCAAUUUAUAUUUGUGUUUGUUUCAUAAACCACGUGCUGUUAUUUUUCUUUCACCCCCGUUAAGUAUAUAAACUCUGACUUUACUCCGUUUGUUAUUCACUCGAGUAGCUGAGUAACUCAACAACAGCCAAAAUGUUCGCAAAGGUUAUUAUUUUCUGUGCCGCUUUAGCCGCCGUUCAGGCUGUAGGUCUUGUUGGCCAUGGGGUAGGAUACUUAGGAGCGCCCGUAUAUGGCUAUGGCAAGGGCCUUGUUGCCGGACCUGUAGCUGGAGCCGCCUAUAGCACCGCAAUCAGUCACGUUGCUCCUGCUGCACCCCUUGCUGCUGGACCACUCGGCUGGGCAGGACAUGGAUACCUUGCUGGUGGACCUCUCGCAUAUACUGGAGCAUAUGGUCACGGACUUGCUGCUCCCUAUGCUGCUCACGGAGCUUAUGGGCUUGGUCUUGGAAAAUACGGACUUGGAAAGGUCUGGUAAAUGUCAUGAUCACAAGCUAAUCUGUAUCAGAAAAAAGAAAGAAAUAAACUAUUUAUGUUAAUGCAAUA